CAAUCCCACCCCAGGUUUGAUUAUAACGGCAACUGGUAACGUCAUCUCUCCCUCGUUCCUCUCCCUUUCUCGGCCUUUCUCCUUCCGCUUCACGUCCAACUGGCGACCGCCAACUUCUCUUCGCCGAUCCCAUCUGCAUCCUCGCUCACCAUCGCCGCUGCCACCGAUGUCGAUCGCCUGGCCGCCAUCCUCGGUUCGGCGACCCCGAUUCCCCUCCCCCAGCUCAACCAAAUCCACGCUCACAUCAUGCGCUACUUCUCCGGUGCCGCUUUCUCUUCUGCCUUUCUCCUUCCCCUUUUCAAUGUCGCCAUCCGCUCCCUCUCCAAGUCUCCACUUACCUCCGCCCCGUUUGCUGCCCUCCGGCUCUACCUCCUCAUGACCCGCGCUUCUCUCCACCCCGGCCGCUUCACCCUCCCCUUCCUCCUCAACUGCUCCGCCGCCAUCCCCUCCCUCCCCCUUGGCUCUGAGCUCCACUCCCGCGCCCUCCGCUCUGGCCUCCUCGCCGUCCUCCCCGUCUCCAACGCCCUCGUCGACAUGUACGGCAAGUGCGGCUCCCUCCUCCUUGCCCGCGCUGCCUUCCUUGAUAUACCCCUCAAGGACGUCGUCUCCUUCAACGCCCUCCUCGGCGCCCACGCUCGUCUUGGUGCCGACAUGCCUUCCGCCCUGCGGUUAUUCGACGCCAUGCCCCACCGGAACGUCAUAUCCUGGAACGCCUUGAUUGUCGGCUACGCCAAUGCCGGCGACCUGUCCUCCGCCAGGGCCGUCUUCGACCGGAUGCCGGUCCAAAACACCGUCUCUUGGACCGUCAUGGUGGUUGGGUACUGUAAAACUGGCGCUGUCGUUGCCGCCAGAGAACUGUUCGACCGAAUGCCCGAAAAGAACCUGGUAUCAUCGACUGCGAUGAUCACCGGGUACUCCCAAUGUGGAAUGCCUAAGGAGGCUUUUGCGCUGUUCCGCCGGUUGGAACGGCAGAGGAUUGAGCCAGACGCAGCCACAAUGGUUGGUGUCAUUUCUGCAUUGGCUCAGUUAGGGAGUGUGGAGUUGGCGAACUGGGUUGGGUCGUAUGUCGACCGCAAGAAGAUCGACAGGAAUGAACGUGUUCUCACUGCACUUGUGGAUAUGCAUGCCAAGUGCGGGAAUGUCGAGAAAGCCCUUCAUGCAUUCGAGGAGAUACAUUUCCCGGACGCAUACUCAUACACGGCUCUCAUCAAUGGACUGGCGUCCCAUGGACAUGAAUUGAAGGCGCUUGACAUUUUUGACAGGAUGCAAAAGGAGGCGAUCAAGCCAGAUCCGAUCACGUUUGUUGGCGUGCUGAGUGCCUGUAGCCAUGCAGGGCUUGUUGACAAGGGGCUCGAGUACUGGGAAAGCAUGUUUCGUGUCUAUGGUAUGGAUCGGAGGGCCGACCACUAUGCUUGUGUCGUAGACAUGCUUGGACGGGCAGGGAGGCUUAAACAAGCUUUUGAAAUGAUUCAGAGCAUGCCGAUGGGGCCUCAUCCCGGAGCCCUUGGGGCAUUGCUUGCAGCUUGUAGGACUUAUGCAAAUAUUGAGAUUGCAGAGAGUGUUGCAAAAGAGCUCUUUAAGCUGGAGCCCAAUAAUACAGGGAAUUAUAUACUUCUAUCCAGUAUAUAUGCUGAGAGAGGACAAUGGGAGGAUGCUGCAAGAGUUAGAGCAAUGAUAAGGGGCAGAAAAUUCAACAAGCUUCCAGGAUUGAGUUGGAUUGACGAACAGCAGAGAGGCCGUAGAUUUCAGAAUAAGGUACUGAUGCACAUCAAAUGAGGAACAGAUUUAUGUAUCACCUCUUUUGUUGGUCAGUCCUAGACAAGGUGAUGAUUUGUUGCGAACGCAAAUAAUGGUGAUGAUUGGUCGACAAGGCAAAGAGGAUUGAUGGUUGCCAGGGGUUCUUGUUUAUUUUGGUGCAACAAGAAGUAUCCAGUACGGUGCGCUUUCAGGUAAAAACCAUUUGUGGUAGGCGAUUAUGCCUCAGGCCAUCUGUUAUAUGUGGCAAAAUGAGACAAAGACUACGGAAUAGUGUUAGUCAAAUGGGAGAAUCAACUUUGUAUCGUAUAGUCUUUCUUUUGUUUCCAUGGACCAUCAUGGAAACAUGAUGGUAACAUGGAGGUAACAUAAGAAUCAUCUCAAAGCUUUCUUCUAUAAGGCAAUCAGUUAAAGCUGGCAAUGAUCAUGUGCAAAGUGAUAAGACUUCCCAAAACAGGAGAUUUUUUUAUGCGAUUCUGAUCUUGGUCUUGUCUGCAUAACAGGAAGAAAUAUUCGCAGCUAGAGAGUAUCUGAAUAUCCUGAAUUUGAGCUCUAUCAGUUUCUAUUACUGCUACUUGAUCCAGUCCAUCGAUCUGGCUGCCGCUUGUUUAUUUCUUUGGGAUGUGAUAUCUGGGGGGUCCUAAGAUGGCUAACCUGUCUGAUUCUUUCAAAUUGAUCUAUACGCUGUCAGAGCAUAUAGCAGUGGCUGUGAUUAAAUCUCCUUAGCCAUAUACACCUGUUGAGAUAAGUCAGUGUCGGAAUUCGAAACAUUUAUUCUCUGUUUAUUUCACAGAGCAUUUGAAAUUGGUAUCAAAAUGUAUGUGUGGACAGCCAGGAAAUAACUUUGUUUGUGUGAGACACCAAAACUGGUGGGUGGCCAUGGACUUAGGUUGCUAUGGAGUGGUCUCUGAUGAUUGUUGGUUUAGCUGGAGGGAUAUCCUUUAUCCAGCUCAGUUCGGGCCUCCUCUGUGAGUAUGCUUCUUUAGCAUAAUCUAUGGGAGAGCCAGUUGAUAUAUAGCUUGAUUUAGAUUGUAAAGAAUAUUUAUAUAUGGUAGAUAAGUCUCUUAUGAUGCUCUAGAUGUCUCUUAUAAGUCAUGUAAGUUAUUUGUGCUUGUUAGUUACUCGUCAAGUGUAGAACAACUUUUUUCCUGCUUUAGAAAACCCCAAAAAAGUAUUUGAUAAAGAUUUAUCUCUUUUGCUUAUUGAGUCA